UUGGGGCUAGAGGUGCAAGAAGGCAAGCAUACAGAGGGGACAGAGAGUUUCACCAUGACUUUGAAAGAUCUACUGGGUUGUCUUGGGCGGAUGAGGUGGAGCUUGAGGAUAACCAACACCAUCAGGGAACUACAUCAAAACAGAUAUCUUUGACACUGAAUACCUUGCUUGCUAUGGCAUCUGAUGCAGAUGAAGCAGCUAAGGCUUGUGACAAUCCACUAAGUCGGGACAAAGGUAACGGUAAAAUUGUGGAGCAGGGUGCCCACCAAGUGUUUGAUAACCAAGUGUUUGAUGGUUAUCCAACAACUGGAAAAUCAACACGAUAGUCAACUAAUCAGCUUGAAAAAGUAGAUUUCUCUUAGGCUAAGACUUCUACUCUUGGAACGAAUAUUAGACAGUGGGCAAACUUAUUCAAGUUUGGACCAAAUAUGCUAAAAGAGAAAAUGGAGCUGCAAUAUUUUCAACUGGAAUGUAACGAAGGAGAGGUCCAAGUAAACCCUCUAAACACCAUCUUUGAAGAGGUUGAUGCACGCUGGAAGGAAUGCUUAGUGGGAUACUUUAUUGAUGAAACUCUCCCCUAUAGGGUUGUCAAUUCUAUUUCCCAUAGGAUUUGGGAUAAAUUGGGUCUUAUAGAGGUGUUAGCCAUUGGAAAUGGGUUCUUCUUAUUCAGGUUUGAAAGUAAAGAAAAAUGUAUGCAGGUGAUGGAGAUGGGACCUUAGUUUUUUGCUGCAAGACCAUUGAUUCUUCAAAAAUGGCACUCCAAACUGAAAUUGACAAAGGAGAAACAUGAAAAGAUUCCUGUUUGGGUAAAAUUCUAUAACAUACCAAUGCAAAUGUGGUUUGCUCAAGGUUUUAGUUAUGUUGCCAGUGCAAUAGGUAGGCCAUUGCAUUUUGAUUCCAUUACUGAAAACUUCAAGAGGGCUUGCCUUUGCUCAGAUCUACGUGGAAAUAGAUGCAGAACCUUUGGUGGGCUCUUUUGAUCUUAAAAUUAAUGAAGUCAAUUUGUUAAGAUCCGAGCUGAAUAUCAGCGGAAGCCUAUGCAAUGCAACUCCUGCAAAACUUUUGGUCACUCCUUUCCCCAAUGUAGAGACUUCUAGGAUCAACAGAAACAAACCCCUAUUUUGAUGAGUUCACAUUCUAAGGAUAUGGAAAAGACUCAAAAUUCAAGUGCAACUUCAGCCGAUGCUAUGUUGUCUGAAAUAGAAUUGGUUGUCCAUAAAAUUGUUGAUGGGACUGCGAUGUCUUUUUAUACCAAAGUUCCUAAAGUAGAGUUGGAUGAACAUGACAUAGCUGUUGAACCGCAACAAAAUCAACCCAAGGAUUCUUCAUAUGAUAAUUCCAUUAUGGAGCUAAAUGCUGUUGAUGUGGAAGUUAUCGAGGAACUUGAAAUGUUUUGUGCUGAUUCGGAUGAGAUCAUAGCUAACUUCAAGAAGAGAAAUGCAAAGAAGAAGAAGAAGAAAAAUAAGCAUUCGCCAGAAGAUGGUGCAAGGGACAUCCCCUGCCAAGGUCCUCAACCAAGGCCAACAGAGCUACUUGAUGCGGGAGGUUACUGCUGAAGAAAUUCAGUAUAGCUUGUUCUCUAUUGCUUAUGGAAAGGCUCUUGAGCCUUAUGGUUUCAAUGGUAAGUUUUUCAAUCAUGCUUGGCGUAUUAUUGGGGAAGAGGUAACAAAAGCUAUUAUCUCUUUCUUUAGGGAUGGUAAACUCCUAAAGGAAAUUAACUUUACUAUCAUAACUUUGGUUCCUAAGGUCCAGAACCCUUUCUUUUUAUUUGAUUAUAGGUCGAUCUCUUGUUGUAACACUUUGUAUAAGUGUAUUACAAAGAUUAUUGCAAAUAGAAUCAAAGAGGCUUUGCCUUAGUUGAUCAGUCUCUCACAAUCUGCUUUUGUUCUUGGGAGGAAAAUUGUUGACAAUGUAUUGCUUGCAUAAGAACUAUUGAGAAACUACCACAGCGAUGCAGCUAGUCCAUUGUGUACAAUUAAAGUUGAUUUGCAUAAAGCAUAUGACACUGUAAAAUGAAGUUCCUAGUUCCAAAUCCUAGAGGUGAGUGGUUAAGAAUGAAGUUCCAAAUCAAGAAGGUUAAGAAGAUGGAUACUAAUAGAUGGCUAUAAAGGGUUUGGUUAUUACCAGAGAACAUUUUCUCAAGUUGAAAUUUUAGUGGUAGCUGUGCUACUUCUUUUGUAUUCAGUGCACAAAGUGUCUCAGACUACCGUGAGAUUAAGCAUCAUAUGUAAGUAGUGUAAGUUAGAAUUGUUGAUUUGAAACAUAUCUUGUAUGUUAGUUUGGUUCUUAGGUACUAAUAAAUUCUUACUUACCCAAAAAUGAAUGUAUACAACUCAUACAUAUAUUUUUAAAAAUCCGAACAGAAGAAGAUGAUAGAUAUAAGGAGAUGAAAAAUAGAGAAAAAGAAGAGGAAGUGGUUAUAAAGGGAGAAAGCAAACAAAUAGAAACCGUAAACUGCAAUUAUGGAGUCCGCUAGAGAACCAGAGAUGAGAAGAAAUUGGCAAGGUAGAGUGAUUAACUACUUACUACUUAAUAGGGCACCAUGACAAUUAAUGGACUUACUAGUUGAUGUGCCCCUGCGCUUUGCGCGAGGUUGCGCAGACAAUGUUUCUGCAAUGGGGUUAGUUUGUUAGUUUUGCUGGAACUCAUGAAUAACUUGUAUUUACAUUGCAGAAGAUACUGCAUUGGCAAAAAUAGUAUUUACAUGCCUAGCCUUGACAAAAGUACUGUAUCUAUGGCCAGGAUAGUGUUGAUAAAAAAUUCUAUCUAUAUUGUGGUUAUAUAUAUAUAUAUAUAUAUAUAUAUAACCAUUACUUGGACAAAAGAUUCUAUCUACAUUGUGGUAGAACUUUAUGCUUCCACAUUUACUUAGUUUUUGCUUGUUUUGCGGAGGUGUUGUUGGUUGGUGAUGUCUUUCUCUUUGGGCUUUGAUUGAUUGGCUGUGUUCCUUCUAUGGUUGGCAAGCUUGGCUCAUAUGAACUAAAGGCAGAAAAAGUAGUUGCAUCAGAUGUGUCUCUGGAUUGAGUUGGAUUUUUUACAUGUUGAAGAGGAUGGUUUGUCUUGAAGUUGUUGAGCUUCUUCGUACUACAUAGUUCGUGCUUUAGAUGAUGAUCCUUCCUCUUCAAGUGAUGUCUCGGUAACCGGAAAGCACGCAAUUAUAGUAUACUUUGCAGCUGGUGUUUCCCAGUGGAUGAGUGAAUUCCUCACUUGAAGGCAAAAGAUGUGAUCUGCUAGUCUUCCGUUCAUACUUGCAAUAUCUAGUUUUUCAUUUUGCUAUAAUAUAUCUUUGUAUUAGUGAGUUUUAUUCAUUCCAUUAGCGAAACAACUAUGGAUAUUGUUGUAUAUAAGCAUAGUCUUGCUUUUUGCUCCUUGAGCAUUA